UAACAGGACAAGUGUUUCCUGACGCGGGUCUUCGAUGAUGACCCGCCGUUAGAGCUUUUGGACAUCUGACCGAGGCCUUCCACUGGCUUACCUCGCCAUCCUUUAAAAAUUUUGGUCAUAGUUGUAACCAGUUAGGUAAGGUUCGUCAGGAAACAAUACAUAUUAGAAUAAUGACAAUUAAAAAUGCGACAUAAAGAGUAAAUUACUGAAAAAAUUAUCAAAGAUAUUAGAAAAUGAAAAUUUGGAGAGAACUGGAGGGGUAACUUAGCUCUCUUACCCAUGUUUCUUGGUUACUGUGACUUACCCUGUAAGAUCUGCUGACAAACAUGAAUUCGACCCCCUCGAGGGUUGAGAGUGUCAGGAAGAGUCGUGCAAGACAGAACUGGGCCCUCAGGGGCGUCCUCAGCUGGGUGAAGCCAUCUGAAGACACCAUCUUUCAGAGUGGGCUGUUAAUGUCAGUGAUUCGCACAUUGUCAGCCAGUGAGAGCAAUGAGCAAAGAGACCGGGAAAAAGCUCGUUUAGAGAGAGAGUACCGCAAGAGUGAUCAACGCCUCGACCAGCUCAUUACCAAUCAUGAUCAGUCACUUAAAGAUGUCAUGCAGAUCUUUGGAGAAGUGUCAGGUCGCCUUGCAGAGGCACGCAAGCGUAUCCGCACCAUCAAGGAUAACCUGGCAGCAUGCAAACGCCUUUUACACUGCAAGCGCGAUGAGUUGAAAGAACGUUGGUUAGAGGGUGUUGAGCACAAGCAUGUCAUGCUUCUCUUGGAACAGAUUGAUGAAGUGAGGGAUGUGGGUGAGCGAGUAGGGAGUUACAUCAGCAAGAAGCACUACCUCCAUGCGACGCAGCUACUGGUGACUUCACUAACUCGUCUAGGAACAGACCUUAAGAUGGUUGAAGCUCUUAAAGAUGUCAACUUGGACCUGCAUGCCAGAAGAGAGAAACUUCACGAAGGUCUCAUAGAUGAGCUUCACAAACACCUAUACCAGAGGUGGACAAAAGAGGUGCUGGCGUUACGACGGCAGGGUUCAGGCCGAGACUCUACCAACACCCUCACACGAGCAGGGUCAGACCGAGCGAGUAUUGGAACAGGGAAGUCGGACAAGUCUCGCAAGAAUCUCCUUGAAAUGAUGACUACGCCAAAUAAAAUCAAGGGACUGGCAGAAGGAGAAGGGUUGCAGGAGGACGUGAGUAGCACAGACCCUGAGGCCAACUCUCAGUACUUUAUGGCAAUUCUCGUUGAAUGUCUUGCACUGCUCGGAAAGUUACCGGAUGCCGUUGAGACAAUUAAGCGUCGGAUGCAGAAAGAGCUAGGAAUCAUCAUUCACCGGACAACCCAGCAAAUUGUUGAGUACCACCCCUCGGCACCACCAGAUGAUCCGCCAGUUUCUAGUCUGGCUUACUUAAAGGCAGAUUCCAGAGAAGCCAAACUCCUGCAGGAACUCCUCCAGGUUGUGUUUGACCAGUUCCGACUUGUAGUUGCAGCUCACCAGUCUGUCCUUGUUAGCAUGCGUGCCUCCUCUGAUAAACACGGAAUUGAAGUGCACCUCUACACUAUGCCUGAUGUUUGGUCAAAAGUUCAGGCUGCCCUUCAGGUGAUGCUGAGUGAAUACUUAGACUUGAGUCAGCUGGGAGCCAACCAGCAGCAGGCACCAGCAACAUUCACUGAAACUGCCACAGAUCUCUCCUCAUUCUUUACCAAGAAACGCACUCCUAGGUCAAAAAAUUUCUCACUGUUCAAAUUUGAGGCUUCGUACCAUGCUAUGACAAUGAACUCUUACCUGAUGGAACAGGCAGCAGGACAGGGUGGAUUAGAUGGGUUUGAAAUUGGAUUAUCUGCAAUAGAUGGUAACACUAGCAGCAAUACUAACAGCAAUAGUAAAAAAAUGACUGAAAAAAUGCUAGUUUGUCCGGCUUCGCCUCACAAUAUAACCGCCAUCUUCAACCCACUUCAGUCUUUCAUCAGAGAAAUUGAAGAUGCUCUUGGAUGUUCACCAGGGACUCAUUGUACAUUGUAUGUGUUCAUCACCGACUACAUUAAGGAUGCCUUCCUAGCGCAGCUGCACGUGGAGACUGCAGGCAGACUGGAACAAGCCACCAAAGCCUUGGAUCAGUGGCGUACCUGCAGGGAAGCUACCUUGCUCAAAACUAUGAAAGUCAAUAGGCCUUUGUUACAGAGCAGCAUCAGCGUGUGGCAGAGUAUUGAGGAGCUGAGGUGGCUGCUUGGAGCACUACCGCUCUAUGCUGACCACUUCGUCUCUAUGAUGUGCAACACCCUCAUGAAUUACCGUGAGACAUGCCAGGCAGCAUACCGAGGCAUUACCCAGCCUGACUCGGAGGACAAGAGGAUAAUUUCUGCCACUUGGGCCAAGGAUGAGGAUAUUAGCAGGUUCUUAAGAGAUUUGCCCAACUGGAGAGCUCUUCAGGCAGGAGUGUCUUCAGAGUGCAAUAUUGAGGGAGAUGAAAAUCCAGAGGAGGUCGGUGAACGUAAUCGCAAAGAAGCUGAAAUACUCACUGGCAAUCUCGGAGAUCAGCUUAUCCCCCAGCACGAGAUCUUGGCUGAUCCAGCUCAGCUCCGGACUUUAGCACAUUUGCAGGAGAGUUUAGAAUGGUUUGGAAGUUGCAUUGUAAAAUUUGCCACCUCCCUUCCAAAGAAGUCCACAUCUAAUAGCAUCCUGGUGUCAGGUGAAGUGCCUCCAGUCUCUGAUGCCUCAGUGCAGACGCUUACGUCUCUUGCCAAAGAUUUUGAGGAGCUUGCCCACACUUGCUUGUUAGUGCUACAUUUAGAGGUGCGUCUUCACUGUUUUUUCUAUUUGCUUCCUGUGGCCAGGGGAGGAGGAUUUGCUUCUGGUCUGGACUCUCAGGAGCCGGACUCUGAGGUUCUCAAGCUAAUCAAAGAUCUUGCCACAAUUGAUGAAGCCCUCAGUAACACGUUACAUCCUCGUAAAUGCAAAUAUAUCUUCGAAGGCUUGGGGCCUCUGAUAGCCAACAUCUUAAUGACAUCUGUAGUCCACAUUCGCCGCAUUAAUGAAAAUGGAAUCAAGAAAAUGUGCCGUAAUAUCUUCAGCAUCCAGCAGCAGCUUACUAACAUCACUAUGACUAGAGAAUUGGCACUGGACCAAGCAAGGCAGUACUAUGAGAUGUUAUAUAACUCUCCAGAUGAAAUCCUCAAUGCUAUAAUGAACCGAGGGAAGCAGUUUUCAGAGCUGGAGUACAUCAAUGCACUACAACUUUUACACAGGUCUUCUCCUGGUCACUCUCAGGAACUGCUACAGACAAGCCUUCAGCGACUCUCAGAGAUCUUAGGCGAUAUUGGAGUCACAGUGUAAAUCUUUUAUUACUUUAGGCAUUUUAAAGAGCUUUUCAUACAAAGAGGAAAUUACUACAUAGUUAUAUAGUCUUUAUUUAAGUAUGUAUAUAGAUGCUGUAUUUAUAUAAAUUGUAUUGUUCAAAGUACGAUGAUAUAGAUUCUAUGGAUUUUAUAUUUCUUGUUAAAUUGAGUACUGAUAAAAAUAGUAGUGUUGUUAUAGAACCCUGGAUAAUAUGAACAUACUGUGAUACCAUUAAAAUGUAGCUAUUUCAA